AUGACACGGUACCAGCAGAGGGUUACUGUGAGACUUGAAAUGAAUUUAUUUGUACUAGCUUCCUGCAUUAAAGCUCACCGGAAGUUGGCCGUGACGAAGAAUCAUGUUAUCAAAUCCAAGGAUGAAAUGCCGACAGUUCUGACUCGAAGCGACCCAUGUAUCGAAAUAUGUGCUGAUCAUAAGACUGAAAUAGUGAAGUUUUAUUGUGAGGAACAUGAUUGUGUAGGCUGUGGAGACUGCAUGGUUCUGGAACAUAAAUCCUGCAAGGUUCAGUUGAUUGCUAAUGUAUCCAGUAACUAUGGCAAGAGUGAAGAGCUAAUUAGAAUUAGACAUAAAAUUGAUCAUCUGAAGAAAAACCUUGCUUCUUGCAAACAUGAAAUAAAGUGCAGUCUUGAAGCCGUAGAUGAAAUGAAGGCCAAAGUAAUUAAGGAAAUUAAAAUCUUCCGCAAAGAGAUGAACAUUUACCUGGACCAAGUGGAGACUGACCUUAUAGAAGAGGUUGAAGAACUCACUGCUAAAGAUGUUUCGCUACAAAAAAAACUUCAAGAAGAAUGUGAAUCCUUAGAAAAUGAAUUAGGACAGUUUCAAAGUAAACUAGAUCAAUAUUCAGAGAAGGUUAAUCAGUUGUUUGCUACAUCUAAACGUAUACAGAAAAGGUUGAAACACUGGCUGGAAGUAAAUCAAAAUAUUGCUUCUGGAAGUCAAAUAAAUAUUUGCAGAUUUGAACCAUCCAAAGAAAUGAUGGCUCUUAAAACGAACCACUCUCCUCUGGGAAACAUUGGUACAAUUAUCAAGAAAUUUCCUGGUCGGAGUAGGAGGAGUAUCGUUGAAAUGGAAGCAAACUUGGUUGGGAAGACGAACGUUCAAGCUGCAAAGGAAGGAAAAUGUUGGAUUACGGGAAUGGCAAUGGUUUCAUGUGACGACAUUUUGCUUGCAGAUUGCGAGAACAGUUCUCUGAAAAUUCUAAAUGUGAGCAAUGGUAAGGUCACGUCAAGGUUUAAACCGCCAGGAAAACCAUAUGAUGUAACUGUAAUCAAUUCUGAAAAGGCUGCUACAACUUUACCAAAGGAAGGGAAAAUCCUGUUUGUGAACACUUAA